UGUAGAGGUCGAGGCGAAAACGGAUGGUUUUACUCCAAAUUGCUUUUAAAAAAUGCCAGACGAGCUAGACGCGCGUGGGCAUGGCCGCGAAAUCAGUUCUGGUUUGAGAGCCUUUUGCAAGGAGAUUUCGUGGAAGAUUGGUGGAAAGAAAAUUUGAGGAUAUCAAGGCGUACAUUUGAGUACAUUGUUCGAGUGGUUGGCCCGGAUUUGGCGAAGAUAGACACGAGAUUGCGCCAAUGUAUCCAUGUAAACAAGCGAGUGGCGGUAGCGUUAUCGCGCCUAGCUACUGGAGACACGUAUAGAUCGACUGGGCCGCAAUUUGGCAUUGGGAGGUGUACAGCUAUGUUGAUAACACACGAUUUUUGUGAAGCAAUUGCCAAAAGGGCCACAGAAUUUAUUAAAUUUCCAGCGACUGAGCAAGACGUGCAACAAAGCAUUCGCUUGUUCACAAACAAGUCCCCGUUCCCGCAAGUGGUAGGAGCAAUUGACGGUAGUCAUAUUGCAUUAAAAGCAGUGUCUGUCAACGAACGGAUUGAAUACUUCAAUCGAAAGCACGAGUAUUCUAUCGUAAUCCAAGGAGUUGCUGAUGCCUCUUUUAAAUUUCUUGAUGUGAGUACGGGAUACCCCGGUAACAUUAACGACGCCCGUGUUCUCCGUUUGAGCAAACUGCAGAGAGAAAUUGAUCAAGGUACCUGGCUAAACGCGCCUUCGAAGAGAAUUGGGGGUUCCGAAGUUGGACCUCUUCUGGUAAGGGACUUGGCGUAUCCUUUGUCUGUUUGGCUGAUGAAGCCGUUUAAGCAAACACCAACAUUAACUGAGAGCCAAUUGCGUUUCAAUCGUGCCCUCAGUCAAGCCCGGGUUGUUAUAGAACAAGCCUUCGGAAUUUUGAAAGGGCGUUGGAGAUGUCUCUAUAAACCAUUGGAGGAAAAAACAAGUAGAGUCCCCACCACUAUCAUGGCUUGCUGUGUCCUUCACAAUAUUUGUAUAGAUGUUGGACAUCCGAGCGCUAUAGACCCCGUUGAGGAUGACAAUGAAAUGGAUCAAAGUUCUUUCAAUGGAGAUGAACAGCUUUGCGCAAGGAGCAUUAGAGAUGAUAUAAUGGAUCAUUUGUCAUGAUACAAACAUUAAACCAUAUUUAUUCUUUUUAUUAGAAUGUUUUGGGUUAAGUUGAAGACACAGGUGGAUUGACUGGAGAUUAAUGUACAUAGACUGAAAUUUGGUCCCUUUCCAUUUGUUACAGGUAUAAUUAGUGAGCAAUUUAAUUCACUGUGGUUUAAAAAUGUUAUAAAAGCUUUCCGAUGUUGAGAGUAAGAUUUUGUUUUUUGAAUCAUUGAAAACAAAUUAUUCUUGUAUUUAAAAACUCGAAUACGUUAGUUGCGUUACGGUUUUCUCUGGUAUGAGUAUAUCAAUUGCAUUUUAAAAAAUUAAUCAACAGAUAAUUGUACUUUUGAAUAAUUUCCGAGAUACAUGUAAUUUUUUGGCAUAAGCGAUAAUUUUACCUUCUUAUAUUGUUCAUUUAUGGAAUCAUUCUCCUGUUACACAGUUAUCUUGAUCUUGAAAUUAAUCAUAACACAUGAAAUCAUGGACAAUGAACUGAAACGAAUAAAAUGUUCUUAUAAAACAA